CUAAUAUGUUUACAGAUAAAGCCUACGAUGAUAACUUGAAGAGUGGAAGGAGAGGAGUUUAGGCUAAAACAUGUACUGUCUGCAAUGGUUGAUUCCGGUUCUACUCCUACCAAAGCCGGUGAACCCUGCUUUGUUGUACAACCACGUCAUGUUCGUGGUCCUCUACCUAGCUGGGUUCUUCAUAGAGAGGAAACCCUGUACAAUCUGUUCUAUAGUGUUCCUUAUAGCUAUGGGACUAAUCUGCUACUCCGGGUAUGAAACCUGUCCGUUCUGGAAUACAUGUUCUCAGGAUUCCCAUUCUGAUUCCCCCUGCCCUGGUGAGGAAUUGUUUUAAGUCUCAUCUUAAGUUUUGGGAUUAAACCAACUCCAUUUGAAUCGAACCCAUUCUCUAAUCAUCUGUAAACCAACUCAUCCCAAGUAAUCAUCCUCGUUCCAAACCAACAAUUGUAUCCCUUCUCAUCCCAACCUACUCCGACACUCGGUAUUCUCAUCCCAAACCAUAAGCCGAUUCCCAAUUUAUUCCGUCUUAUUAUUCUACUUCCAAUACAGAUUCCUAAUGAGCUGCGACCAAAUGUAUUAUCCCGAAACUAUUCCCAACCUACUUCAGACUCAAUAUUUUAAUCCCAAAAUCACCCCCAAUUUACUCCGAUCCGAUAUUUUCAUCCCAACUCGACCUCCAACUUACUCCGACCCAAAAUUUAAACCUACUCCCUAUAAUCGCAAACCUGAUAAACUUCCAAUUACUCCAACAUAAUACAUUCAUCUCCAAAUCUAACCUAAUCCAAACCGCAAUCCACUAUAUCCAAACUCUAUUAUUCUACUCCCAGCUAUCCCAUGGAGCCAAAUCAAAUCCUAAACUGACCCUGCAUAGACAUGUUUCGCGGAUUUGCAGCAGUUCCUGGACGAACUUGUUCUGAUCUAACCUGGAUUAAUAAGGAAGAGUUUUCUACCUGCUAAAUCAUCAACCUGGAUACUAUUCAACCAUAAUUCUAAACCUACAGUUUAACAUUAUCCGUCUGAUAUUGUAUAAAAAGUUGAUUCAAAAUGUUUGUAUCCAUUUCCCAAAUUUAGCAUAUUUUUGUAUUGACCUUACAAGCUUUAUUAAAUAGUGUUAAUACCCUUCAACUGAGCACACCUUUUAUUUUUAUAUAUUAAAGAACACAAAUCAACUAUUUAA